ACAGAUACUUGUAUUUUAGAGGAAUUAGUUUUUUAGACUGCACUUUAUACUGACUUGCCAUUUAAGUACAGUAGAUUAAUUGCUCAGUGGCUUACAAGAGCUUCAACAUUAAAGGUGAGUCAACAUUUUGAUUUUUUUUUUGUACAAAGAGGAACACCAAGGUAGUCUGUAAAUGCCUUGAAUAAGCAGUUCAUUUUAAAAAACAGCAACUGUUACACACCUUUGUUAAUUUUAAGUAAAAUGAUUUGUAUAUCCCUACAUUUUCUGGAAGUUAUGUGACAUUUUUCAUGUGUAUUUGAAUGUAUUCUCAGAGCUUUUAGCUUCCUCUUUCUAUUAUAUAAAAUAUACAAAUGUCAUGUGAAUAUAUCAAACAUCUGAUCAAAAGGGGUAAUUUAGUUCAUAGCCUUUGCAUUUUUGCAAAUUAAAGGUUUAAGCACGAGAAACGAUGAAACACCUGAGUUUUGAUUUUUUUUUUAAUUCAAUAAUUUUUAAAUCAAUUUUUAGCUUAAGAACUACAACUCUUUGGUUUUCACAUAUGUUGGCUAACCGAUAUCCUGUGGCAUUUAAAAGGGGAUAUUCAAGCAUUUUAUAAACUCCUUCACAGUUCUUAAAGCUUUUCCAGUUCUGGUCAACAUAACGGUAAGAUACGAUUUACGCAUCUCAAAUUCUGCUCGGAGGUAUCGAUGCUUUCGGUUUGUAUUAGUUUGACAAUAAUGCUCUAAAAAUAAUCAUCAGAAUACAUUAAGAAGAUGAAUGUCCCUUUGCCGAGUGAAUCAAACACGACAUGGAAAUUGGGCUGCCAAACGUGUCAUUUUGCAUAACCGGCCGAUGAUGUGUUACUAGUGUGGUAACUUGUCACGGCUCUGCAGUUCAUGGAGAGAUGUCCUUGACCUAUUGAGGACCUAUUCAGUAAUUAUUACCAGGACCCGCUCUUUACAUGACAUGUACUGCAACAAAUCUACACUCAAAGUAGGGUGUGAUUAUUAGGAAGUAUCUAUUCUAAGCAUGUAUUCUCACGUGUUUUCUCGAAAUUGGAUAAAAUGAACUGUAUCCCUUUUCUACAGUGAACAGGGGUUCUACUGCUGGUCACAUCAAAUGUCCAAUAUAUUUUACAUUAGACUUACAGUUAGUAAGGGUAGCCCUGCACAUGUUUCGCUUGAAACAAAAAAACAACAAAUAAAAAAGCCAGUUGUAUUAAUUAAUUGCAUGUGACCGGAUGUUUCAUGUUUGGUGCGUACUUCCGUACUUUUGGUGCGUACUUUUUACAAGUCCCCUAAAACCCGAACAGCCAGGUUCAAGACUGGAACAUCUGUCACCCCUACUCCUACAUUAUCAGUUAGAUAUAUAUACAUACGUAUUUGCAUAGCAAAGCCACGUCCCAAAAAGUUGUAACCCAAGAAACUGUUGCAUGUCGGGAGCUUUAGCCUCGGGCAGAUGAAUCCGAUUCAUCAGCCUCGCCGCCAGCCGGCCCAUCUCACGAUAAACUACAUUUCCCGAAGGCCCCUGUCCCGUCGCCAUAGCAGCCACAUCCGCCGUACGGCGAAGUCAAAGUGCACAGUUCGUGUUGUUUUGGUUCCUGCAACCUUUGUCUGAUUGAACGAGAGCUCGCAGGUUGCUGCAGCCGCACCUGUGGAAAGCGUGCCGGGGGUGGGGGGGGAAACAAAACCUGCUUGUAGCUCAGCUUGGUUAAAACCCCUCCCUUUACCGAAGCCGCCUUUUCUCCUCCCCUUCGGUCGCGCAGAGCCGGCCCCUCUGGACUCGUCGCUCCUCCUGCGGGCCCGGUCAGCAUGUCCGCAUCCUCGGCGUGGGCCUGGCCUGGGCGGCAGCUGCAGGAGGAAGGCUGGAGCUCGGCGAUCCCGGACUGGCUGCUCUUCGGCUCUUGGUGGCUACUCGUGCCGGUCAUUAUGCUGCUGGUGGUGGCCGCGUUCAUCGUGGCCUUCGUGCUGCUGCUGUAUAUGGUGUCUCCGCUGAUCAGCCCCAAGCCGCUGAAACUAAACGGGGCGCAUGUCGUGGUUACAGGAGGCUCCAGUGGCAUUGGCAAAUGUAUUGCGAUUGAGUGUUACAAACAAGGAGCCUUUAUUACUUUGGUGGCACGAGACGAGAAUAAACUGGUCCAGGCUAAGAAGGAGAUUGAAAAAUAUGCCAUUAAUGACAAACAGGUAGUGCUCUGCAUAUCUGUUGAUGUUUCUAGGGACUAUGGACAAGUGGAGAGCGUCAUUAAGCAAGCUCAGGAGAAGCUGGGGCCUGUGGACAUGCUGGUCAACUGUGCAGGGAUCUCAGUGGCAGCCAAGUUUGAAGAGGUUGAAGUGGACCGCUUCAAAAGGCUGAUGGAGGUGAACUACCUGGGCAGUGUGUAUCCCACCAGGGCUGUCAUGAACACCAUGAAGGAGCGCAGGGUGGGGCGCAUCGUGUUUGUGUCUUCACAGGCGGGGCAGGUUGGCCUGUUCGGGUACACUGCUUACUCUCCUUCCAAGUUUGCUCUGCGGGGGCUGGCAGAGGCCCUGCAGAUGGAGGUGAAGCCAUAUAAUAUUUAUUUGACAGUCGUAUAUCCACCCGACACUGACACUCCUGGCCUUGCAGAAGAGAAUAAAACAAAGCCUUUAGAAACCAAGAUGAUCUCUGAAACAUCUGGCAUUUGUCAGCCCGAGCAAGUUGCUAAAAUUGUCGUUAAAGAUGCUGUGCAAGGGAACUUUAACAGCUCUGUGGGACCAGAUGGUUACAUGCUGUCCGCACUGACCUGUGGAAUGUCACCUGUCACUUCCAUUACAGAAGGCCUUCAACAGAUUGUUACUAUGGGCCUAUUCCGGACGAUUGCCUUAUUCUACCUGGGGAGCUUUGACAGUAUCGUCCGUCGCUGCAUGAUGCAAAGAGAGCAGUCAAAGAGCGCAGACAAGAGUGAAUAGCUUCACUUGCUGCGGCAAGCCCUUCUCAGCAAAGCCAUUUCAGAGCCAGAAGAAUUAGAUGUGACUACUUUGACCUGCCCCAGAGAUGCCCAAGACUGAGCAGAGAGAUCUGUGAGGUGCAUGGUGUUAUGUACAAGUCAGACAAACUGGGAACAUGGGGAUUUAUAGCACUUAAUCUGGAAGUGGUAUUAUCGCACAAAGAUGCAAAUGUUAUUUAGAAGAAAAAUGUCAUUAUACACCAAGAUAAACCUUUACCAUAGGGCUGCAGUAAGGAGAUUUUACUAUUCUGUCUUUAUUCCCCAUGUGAUGGAUUGCAAUCAGUUUAUUCACGUGGAGAAUAAAGCAGUUUGUUCUCUGAAUUUUGCAAGGUAGUUAUGGCAGUUGUUUUAAUGUCACUCUUGUGUGCUUAAUUUUUAUGUUUAUUCAUAAAUUAAAUUUAGCACCUUGUCAACCUCUUUUUUUGCCUGACUCAACGCCAUAAACUGGUCUAAAGUACAGUAUUUUCACUACUUUUCCCUACAGCAGACAUUUGGUAAAUUAUCAUUUUUGUGAGUUAACAUUUUUUAUCUAGUAUGUUUCAAAUUUAAAGGGGGAAGCCAUGCUGUAUUGAAUAAAUAAUCUAUAAGGUUCUACCUGAUGAAGGAGAAAAACAAGUCGAGAUGUAUAGAAUUUGUUUUACUUUGGAAAGUGGCCGGAGAAGUUGUUUUCAAUUGGAGGCAGAGUCUUGCUCUGUAGAAAUUAAAUCUCAGUUUUGGCAUUAAUUUAUGGUUCGGCAGAAUGCUUUCUUUCCUUUCCAAAUGAUUUUGUUUCACGGGACCCAUCUUUCUACCACACACACAUUAUCACUAAACUUUUUCAUCCCCUUAAAUCGGUUUGGGGCUGAUGCUAAACAUUAGUUUUUAUAACCAAGUUUGCUGCUUUGCCUCAAGCAGACAGGCUUAAAAGACAAGCACAAUACUCAUGUGAUAUUAUGAUGAUUGAAUGAUAUUACCUAGUACACUAAGCCUUGCCAUAACCACAUACACAGUUAAAAUUGCCGAAAAUUAGCUGAGCAAAGGCAUUCCUUUAUUUGAUUGUGUUCUCAGUAUCCUUUUUGUUGUUUCCUUUUAUGGUUUCAAUCUUAAGCUGUCCUGUUUAGCAAGCACCUCAACCCUUUUUACAGCUCAAGGAUUCCUUUUGUGAAUUUCUGGCUGUAGUAGCUUUAAUCCUGUUUUCUUGUGUUCCUUAAUUAAUCAGUUACCUGUUCAAACCACUAUACCCACAUGACAGUUCUCAUGUAGCUCUUUAUUUAGUUCACUGGCUGUGACCCUUGGGGGCUUUUUGCUGUACUUACAUAUUGUUCUUCAAGCAUGACUUUUCUUUACCAUGGUAAGAAGCCACUGAGCUAAUAUGCUUGUUCCAGGUAACUGGGAUAUGGCUGUUUUCAGGGACCAAUGCGACUGCCCUGAAAUGUGUGUACAUAUGGUCACUGAGAAUGUGAAAGUGAUUUGCUUUAGUUUUAACUUUUAUUUAACUGCAUUACUUGCUACGCUUUGAAAGAGGCAUCUCAUCACAAGUAACGAUUUAACUCGCUAAGUAAGUCAUUCAUUGCUUGUAUGGAUGGAUUACGGUAUCCAUGGAAACAACUUAAAAAACAUCUUGUAUAGGAUAUAAUUGGAUACAAUAUCUUUAGAACUGGGUUUCAUGCUUGAAAUUCGCAGAUGAAAGUACUGUUGAUUCAGACCAAAGAUCCCAGGGUUCUGUGAUUUCUAGUGUUAAGCAGAUACAGAAGCAUGAUUGGCUUCUUCACCGGUGACGUGUGAAUGAUAGUUUGCCAGGCUCCUGACCACAUGACCACAUGUUUUAUAGGAAGUGUGGUGAGAAACACCCACUGUACCACAAAGACGAAAAAGCACGUGGCACACACUUUUUAGCAAAGACUCUUAUUGGAGAAUAAGUAAAUUAGUAGUUGCACUGUAUUUCCUGGAAAACAAACGUAAGAUAAAUGCUUUGUUGGAUUUUUCAUACCAAUUUGACAUUUGCCAUUGCAAUGCCAGGUGAAAUCUGAUAAAAGCAUCCCCUUUAAGAUGCAUGAAUUUAAAGUUAUAACCAUUCACUGCAGGAGAAAGCAGUGCUUUGCUUUUAAUUAUUCUCUGUCUCCUUUUAUUAUGCAUUUUUUCCCAAAAUAAAAAAGGACCCAGUAACAAGUUUAGGAAAUAGUUGCAGUGAGAACACCAGUGGGCUGUAGUUGAGGUACACAUACAAACAAACUCCCAACCAUCACUGCAUCAUCUGAUGUUUCUAUUUCACACUAAACCUUCAAGUUAAAAACUGUAUGUGGCAGUGAGUUAAAAUGUACAUAUCUCUCAUUUCAAACAUUCUUCUGACUUCACAUCCCUUAAACACAGAACUGUCUUCACCCACAUCUUAUAAAAAUGAAAGUAUUCUUGAUACUAAAUUCAGAAAAUAGAAACUGUUGUGAAUUUGCAUUAGAGUGCUGCAGAGCAAUGAAAGUUAUGGAGCAGUGAACUUGAGCUUUACGGUUUCCUCACGCAGUGAAAAAGUUAAUGGGUUUCUGUUGCAGUGAUACUGAACAGCCUUGUUAUUAUAAGUAGCACUGAAAGAAAAAAACAUGAAAGGCAGAGUCCUAGAUAUUCCUUGCAAAAGACAUGAAAGGUAUUGCAUAUAGAACCAUGUGGCAGACUUGGUAGAAAGACUUUUGCUUUUAUGUCCCAACCAGUGGCCUGUAAUACAGGGGGAGGAGGCCUUCUGUUUGUGCAUGUAGCACACUUACUGGCAAUGGUCAGUUAUCUUUUUUCCCUGUAUAAUGGUGUGUGUAUUUUGCGUUUGCUUUAAAGUGGUAAUCAAAGCUGCGCUUUAUGGCAUUUGUAUUUCUGUAAUAUUGGUGAACUAAGUAAAAGUAGAUAUUAGGCUUACUGGGUAUGCUUUAGUGUUGAAGGUAACAAAGAAAAAAAACAGUAUUUUUAGUGUGCAUUUGUAAGUGCAGUGAUUUCCUUAACUCCGUUUGUGCCCACGAUCAAACCAGCGGGAAUUGUGAAUUAUUGUUACUGUGUGCAAAGUGUCAUCCAAUAAUGCCACCAGGGGAAACUGCACUUUUUGAAGGAGGUCUGCGUUGCCUUCUGUGAUUCAGAACAGCAUCCCAGGAAAUACUGAAUUUGUGUCUCUAUUAGUGUGAAAAGUUGCAAUUAUGGGAAAGCACCUGUGUAUUGAGCAUUUGUCUUUCAGGUUUUGUACCUUGAAUGCCCUUGCAGAAGCAAAGAGUUCAAAAACCUGGCUUGACAGUCUAGCAUUUUCCCAUUGCUGACAUUAUAUCUAUUGUAUAUGUACUUUAAUGGAGCAGACUAAUGAAGCCAUGUUUCCUGUAAAACUACCAGGUUGCCUAGUAGAUCUGAAAAUACAAAAAGGUUGUUUACCAUGGAGACACAAAUACUGUUCAUUUUUUUUGUAAUUAGUAAAACUACAAAUGUUCCACAAAGUUGAAGCACUGCAUUGUAUGUAGUGAGAGCCAAGUGUGACUCGCAGGUUCGAGUUCUGAUUGCACUAAUCAUGUAGGGGUACUCAGGAACUACUGUAGUAUCCUAGGUCUUCCUAUGGCUUAGUGAGGAGGGAUCCUUCGGGAUAUCAUCACAAUUCUGCCGUGAUCACUUCGUGCUGGGUUUCCUGCCUGAUUGAGCUCGGUUCUGCACAGCCGACUGUCUGCAAGGCCAAGGAAGGAACUCGCGCCUGUGCAGGAUCAAGAGAUGUACACCCAUAAUUAAACCUUGCUUUUCAGUAAGAUCCUACAAGAGCAACCAUGAAUCUGUAUAAGCAUAGAAGGUUUUUUAUAAAUUGAUUUUCUCAAUGCCAAAAUGGAAGGAAAAAAAAAACAGUCAACACAUACAGUUUGGAUUUUGCUGCUUUGUUCAUUUAGAAUUAGUUUGUAAUUAAGCCAAGGACUCGUUGACCUGUUCCAAGCCUUAAGGACUAACUGCAAAUUAUAUUAUAACAGAAUGAGUUGAUCCACAAAAGAGUGUUAUGUUGUCUAAUCUGCUUUGUUAAGCCCUUUUACUCCUUUUUGUACCAAUUGCCUUAAACCAACCAGAGAAUGAAAAGGAGAACAGACAAAGUUUGUAAUGACGUUCUCAUUUGACUUUGGUUUGAGGCAUGGUCCAGCUCAAGAUUGUGGGUGUGUGAAGGUAAUUGUCAUAUUUGUAGUUAUUGUAUUUUUCAAAUGUUUCUCAUGCUUAUGUCCUAUGAUUAAAUAAUGGCAGUUUGUUUUACAGUGCUUUCUUAAUAUGUAGCAUAUUAAAAUCAGUUUUUGUUAAACUGUUUUCAGCUAUGCAAAUCAAGCCAAUAUACUCAUGUAAGGUGUUUGAUACUUGCCCUUACCCUGCUAAGCACUGUUGUCAGCUUUACAGAAGUCUGUUAAAGUUUCAUAUUACUUUUAAAUUUUAGCCAGAGUAAUAAACAAUUGUAAGAAAGGCAAAAGGAACAUGACCAGAAUACACUUACUUAGUGCUAUUCUUCUACUGUUUCCACAAACUUGUGUAAGAAUUUCACUAUAUGUGCUGUUUAAGGAGAAAAGAAAAGGUAUUGUCUGUCUUAUUUUCUUACAUUAAAAACAAAUUUUGGGGAAAAUCA